GUCAUCGUGUUCCCGUCAAACAAAAUGGCGGUCGCAGUGUCCAUGUUUCGGUGGUUGGAUCUCUUAGAAAAAGAGUUUGAUAAGGCWUUUGUGGACCUGGAUUUGCUACUGGGAGAGGUAGACCCCGACCAGAGUGAAAUAACCUAUGAUGGACGCCAAAAAAUGACACAGUUAUCUUCAGCAUUCGCUCAACUUGUUCAUAAAGCUCAAACGAUAUUUCAAUCUAAUGCAAAAUUGGAGGCUGAGCUUGUAGCUCUUCGACACGAUGUGGUAGAGGAACAAGCCACUCGAAAAGUAAUGGAAAAGGAGGUUAAUAAUCUGUUAUUACAGCUACACGCAGUUCAGUUACAGCUGCAUACAACUACUGGCACUCAUGCUGAUUCUGAAACAAUUAAAAGUAGAUUAGAGGGGGAAAUUGCAAAAUACAAACAGGAUGCUUCUAAGGAAUCUAAACUAGAAUGCCAAAUCAAACAACUUGAAAAAGAAAAUAACACUCUUAGAAAACACAUCUUUUCCUUGCAAGGAGAGGUUUAUGGUGCAAGACUAGCUGCUAAGUAUCUAGAUAAGGAGCUUGCAGGAAGAAAAGAUGUCUUAAUUCCAUCCUGUAUAUCUUGUGAAAGUAUUAUCAAAGGCAAUAUGAUUCAAGCAAUGAUGUGGGUUAGUAGUGGUGGAACCCAGUCAGUCCUCCACAACGACUACGCAGAAAACAUUAACUGUGUAUUCAGAGGAACRAAAACAUUUUUUAUAGCAGACAGAAAGUACAUGGAUAUUCUGAAUGUUACUGAUCUGGGUUAUUCUGAUGUGGAUGUUGAUCGUGUCGAUUUGCACAAGUAUCCAGGACUAUAUGAUAUAGAGCACUACAAAGUCACAGUUGAAGCUGGGGACUGUCUAUAUGUCCCAUUUCUGUGGGUACAUCAAGUAACUUCACAAGAUCAAAACAUGGCCGUAAACUUCUGGUGGAAGGACCAUGUGACUGUCAACUUCGAUACCUGUGACAUCUCURGCAAGACUACUGUUGAUCACAUUAACUUCGUUGGAUUUGAUAGUCUUAGCGAUGCACAGUACAAAAUGAUCAGAGGACGUUUUCGUCACAGGAUUAGAAAUAAAGGACCAAUGGCAUUUGAAGAGUUACUUGAAGUUAUUCUUAACGUUGUUGAUGAUAUUCAUGAGGAUCACGCAGACGUUGACGAAAAUACCAAAGAAAUUGUAAAAAAGAUAUUUAUGUUAGUGGAUGCGUUUCCUACCGACGGGGUGAUAACGUUAGAUGAUGUCGACCAUCUAUCCACAGACGAUCUGAAGACAAUCAGUCAGUACUUGACAAGCAUUAUGGGCGCAGUGAAAACCACAGAAAAUGAAGUUCCAGGAGGGGAAGGACGUGGAGACAAACAUCCAGACGUAGCAGGUCAGAAAGGYGCUGAUGAGAUACAAACGAACGAGGAAAAGGAAUGGGAAAAGAUGGUUGAAAAUCGAAGGAAAAAAAUGGAAUUAUGAACAAGUAAAGUGUAUAAUUAGAUUGAARUGAUAUAUAUAAUAUUCAUAUAAUCUGUGAAUAGUCAUAAAGCUUUCACGUGUUUAAAGUUGUAAAUUGUAAAAUAACACUUAUAAGUGACAUUUUCCCCUUAAGUUUAAACUUUUAGAAAAGUCAUGCAUCGCUUGUACAAAUAACUUAAGUGAGAGGAAUAGAAGGAUUGCUUGAUAUAAAGUAUUGUCUUACAGCAAAAAUUAUUCGUUAUUAAUUAAUAGUAUGUGUAUAUAUGCAUUAAAUCUGAUUAUUG